GGUGGCUGUUUGAAACUGGCGGAGCUAAUUAUAGAUUGAAUGAAUUAUCAGAUGCUGUAUUCCAUGAGUUACAUACAAAAAUAACAGUUACACCUUCUGUAAAUGUAGAGCAGGUACAGGCAGCCAUUAAGGAAGCAGGUGACUAAUCAGCAGAAGUGUCACAGGCAGCUGUUGAAGACAAUGCUAGUUCUCCUCAAACACAGCAAAGCAAAUCAGUUGAUGAAGAACGUAUAAGUCAAAGAGUUGUUGAGCAGUUGUUACAAAAUACACAGUUUCGGAAUAUGAUACAAACACGAGAAGUGUCAAUGACUCGAGCAGAUACUUCAGAUGAACACAUGGAAAGUAACCCCAGGUCGCACAGAUGUAGCCGGUGUAAUUGCAAGACGAAAUGUUCUUGUAGCUGUUAUUUGCUUAAAGAUUCUGAUCUAAAAACGCCAUCUGAUUUCAAAAACGACGCCCAUGAUGUAUAUGACUGUGAUCAUGAAACGCCGAACUCUGAUCAGAGGAAUGAAUAUGGUCGUAAUAUGUCAUGUGUAAAAGAACAGGAAUCACACGAUGGAUUGCACGAGGUAUACGGAGCUUGUGGGGGUGAUCCAGGAGGUCCACCGAGCGACGAUUCCUCCAGCGAUGACAACAGUGGUGAUGGACGCAAAAACAAGGACUACAGGAGUGCACACAGUAAAGAAAACAAGAAAAAAAACAUGGGUUAUAGAUGCGGCUGCAUGGCAGAUUUGUUUAGAGGCUGAAGACAAUUUUGAAAAUCAAGCUGCAAAUUUAUUAGAACACAGGAAGCUGCCAAAUCAAGGUAUACUUAAUGCGGCGUGUGCAAAAUAUACUCUUUCAUCACCAGUUUUGAAGGACCUCUGCAAGUGUAUUUGCAGAUAUAUAAAAGAAAAAUCAGAAAACAUUGUACAUGUGUGGGCCGCGUAUACUUACAGAAAAGAUAGCAUGGUCUUUGGAAAUGAAAUAGUUUUCGUUGUGUUGACAACACACACUGAUAUUAUAGGUGAAAAGGACUUUUCAAUAUAUCAAAGGCGCGUCUUAGAUGUCAAGACCAAGACAGAGAACAUGAAAAUAAAUGAAAAAGAAUUAGAUACUAGUAAUCGCCCGUCUGCGACAGGGAUUCAAGACCUUGAAGUAUGCUUAAGAGAAAAUGCAAAAACAUUGAUGAAAGAACACAGUGAAUUAACAAGAGUGACAGCAGGUUGGUACAGAGCAUGUGUAAAUGAUACGGGACAAUAUUCGUUACAAAAGCAACUUUGCAUUGUGCUCUAUGUACACGUCAAAGGUUUUGUUCCUUUGGAUGAGAAACCAUUUCCAACACAAAUAGGAAAAUACCCUGUUGAUGUUCGAGAGGGGAUAUUUACACUAUGCAGAGGUCCGAAUGAUUAUCAUGAAAAUCUUAAAAUGGGAUGUGCAGUACGUGGAGAAAGCCAAGGUACACUUGGGGCGUUUAUUGAGUUUGAGAACGACGUAGACUUAUAUGGUAUCACAUGCGCUCACGUAGUGUUCGGUAAUGAAAAGUUAAAGUGGAUUAUUGAACAUGGGCAAGUAAAUUAUCCGAAUAGCGAAACUGGCGAAACUGUGUACCAGCCUGCUAGUCAAACAUUUAUCGCACCUUUUGGUAAAACUGUGAUGGCUCUUUAUGACGAAGGGGGAAAUGGAGGCCCAGGAAUGGAGAUUGCGUUGAUAAAGAUUAUACAAAACAGAUGGCCUACUGAAGGAACAUUUCCUGAUGAUUCAAGUUAUAGACAAAAAGGAUUUGGACUUGACAAUCCGUUUACGUUUUGUUCUGGGAAGGUUUGGAAGCCAAACAGCCGUUUUCAUUCGCCUAUAGUGUAUAAGUAUGGAGGGGAAAGCAGACUUACAUCAGGGAUAUUUCGAGUUGAAGGUGCAUCCGUUCGAACCAGGACUUUUAAGGACAGCGUAUUAGGAGCUGAGAUGAUUAUGCACGACCAAAUUGAAAUACACUCUUUAGAUGGUAGUACAUUUGCUACAAAAGGCGACUCAGGGGCAUUUAUUUUCGCAAAUGAACAAAAUGACAGUGAACUUUCUGCUGUUGGGUUGUUUGAAGGAAAAUUCGAAGGCGAAAAUAUUUAUACCGUGACACCUAUGUUUGCUGUGUUAAAUAAACUAAGAAGAUUAUUCAGCAAGCAAUGUGCGCUAAAAAAGUUUGCACCCUUCCACUCUCGGUUUGAGGAUCCUCCGUUAGGUGUGGAUCUUUAUCGAAAGGUUUCUUCGCUUAACGAAAAUGUUACUGUUUUAAGUGAAAAGUUAGAAAGAAUUGAGCAAGGUCUCGCACAAGAUUUAGCACAGCACAAAAAAGAAAUUACAGAGGGAUUGCAAAAGCAAAGUGAAGAGCAAAAAAGGCAAACCCUGGAACUCAAAGACCAACAAAAAAGGCAAAGCGAAGAGCACAAAAAGCAAACACAGGAAAUCAAAGAUCAACAAAAAAGGCAAAGUGAAGAGCAGAAAAGGCAAACCCUGGAACUCAAAGAUCAACAAAAAAGGCAAAGCGAAGAGCAUAGGAAGCAAACUCAAGAGCUCAAAGAUCAACAAAAAAGGCAAAGCGAACAAACACAGGAAAUUAAAGAUCAAACAACACAAAUACUGGCUUUAUUACAGAGACAAAAUGCAUCGUGAAAUAGAUAGCUUGAGGUAUUCUAAUCUGUUGUAUCCUAACCCAUUGACCUCAAACCCAUCUAUUGUCCCGUUGGCAAUAUAUCUGCAAAGUGUGGGUGUCAUGCGUAAAAUCGUUCUCAAAAUAUCUAGAGCAAAAGGUUUUACUAGCAGUCGGUGGUGAUAUUAUUCGCCUUUGGUCUAUGAGCAAUAUCCAUGUAAAGCUAGAUGAAUUCCUGUCAAUCCAUGGGUUUUUAAGAUACUGAACGGGAAAGGUUUUCAAAUGUAUCGUCUUUGUGACCUUGAUCUUUGAGCCAAUGGCGUUAAAACCUACAGGGAUCAUACACAGCCCAUAAGCAAUGUGCCUUUCAAGUUUUAGGACCGUACGUUAAAGUAAACUCAAAAUACUAAAUAGUAAAUGAGACAAUUGAAAUUGACAGGGGUCAUUCAAUGUCUGCUAAGUUUAAGGAUCGUAUGUAGCAUUGUCAAGAUAUCGAGUGGAUUUUUUUUGUACUAAAAGUCACCUUAAGUUUUCAUAACGUAAUUUACUUCUUUGAAAAAUAGAGUACAUGUAGAUCAAAUGAGUACGUUUUCCGAGAGUUUUUCCUCAAUUUUCGUAGAAGAAUGUCAGGAAGAGAACUUGUGACUUAUCCAUAAUUAUAUUAAAUGCGUUUUAAACAGAAGAGUUGCAACAAUGUAUCGAUGUGAUACCUUGAAAAAAAAGAGUUUCAAUCUGUAACUACAUUUCUUGAAAUACUUACAUAUAGGCAAUUACCUUCAUGGCAUGUGUGUAAAAUUGCUUUACUUUGAUUUCACAAAUAUAUACAUAUUGCAGCAUUAUUAUAUGUCUGAGUGUAGAAAACUGUCACAUUUCAGAUUUCUAAUUUCAUACAUUUUCUAUAUCAUGUUUUUAAGGUGGUGUGGCACGCUGUGUAAUUUUCAAAUGAUCUGCUAAAAUCUUCUAGAGUUUGUAUCAUUUUAUUAUAUUUAGAAAGUAGGCCUACACGGACCUACAUAUUUUUAGAAAGAUCUCAAAUACAGUUGAAAGUCGGUAUCUCUAGAUUUUUACUUCGAGAUAACCAAACUUCGAUUUAAUAUGAUAUUUUGUGCACAUGCUUUCGGGAAGCGAAUUAAAAAUGUCUUCGAAAUAGCAGGAAUUCGAGAUAAACGAGUUCGAGUAUUGAGUUUUAAGUAUCUCAAACUGAAUAUAGAAUUUAUGACGAAAGAAAUAUAUAGGUCAUUAAAGUGAAUACAAUAUAUUAAAAUAAUCAAUUUUUGACCAAGGCUUACAUGUUUUGGUAAACUCUCCACCUAACAAUUUUACCGCGUUUUAUACACUAUUCCCCUUUUUGGCGGACUUCUUCUCCAGAUUUUUUUUGUAUUUGUCUCUUACUAAAUUUUAUGACAGCGGCCUUAAUCAUACACAAUGUCAUAAAGGUCAUAAGAUUAAUUUGAAGACGGAUAUCAAAGUUUCUCUCAAGCAUCGAUACAUGUAUAAGUCACAGUGUACAGAGAGUUACCCCUAGCUUAAGCCGUCUUCAAAAAUUGAUCAUUGUUAAUAUAUAUUCAUAUGAUAUGAAACUGUAAGAUCUGGAACUAUGCCAUUUCUAAAGUUUCCGAUCUUAAUGAUGUUGGCAACAUAGAGCUGUAUUUGGUUAUUAUAUAUAUUUAUUUGACAUAUUAUAUAUGCAUGUCUUUAUAUGAAAUUAAUCAGUAAAAAUAUGUUUGUACAUCGGUUU